AGUCUCUUCUCCACAACGCUCCUCCCGGAUCUCAGUUCCAUGGCUCCUCCUCAUCCUCCUCCUCCUCAUCCUCCUCCUCCACUCGCCGAGCUCGGUCCAAUGGCGCUGAGGGAGGCGGAGGCGAAGAGGGGGGAGGAGGGGGAGGGGGCGAAAUUCGCGGGGGAGAGGGGGGUGGGGGACGCCGACGACGUGUUCGACGCGGGGAGGGCGCCCCCGUUCCGCAUCGGCGAGGUGCGCGCGGCGAUCCCGGGGCACUGCUGGGACCGGGACGCGCGGCGCUCGCUCGCGUACGUCGCGCGCGACGCCGCGCUCGUGGCCGCGCUCGCGGGCGCCGCCGCGCGCAUCGACGGCUGGGCGCUCUGGCCCUUCUAUGGGCUCGCCCAAGGCACCAUGUUUUGGGCCCUCUUCGUCCUCGGCCACGAUUGUGGGCAUGGGAGCUUCUCCAGCAAUGCCACUCUCAACAGUGUGGUGGGUCACCUCCUUCACACCUUCAUUCUAGUGCCCUAUAAUGGAUGGAGGAUUAGCCACAGGACGCACCACCAGAAUCAUGGGCAUGUGGAGAGGGAUGAGUCAUGGCACCCUCUAUCUGAAAAGACAUACAGGGGACUGGAUUUUGUCACUCAAAAGCUGCGUUACACAUUACCGUUUCCUUUGUUUGCGUACCCUCUUUAUCUGUGGACAAGAAGCCCUGGAAAGAGAGGCUCUCAUUUUCAUCCGAGUAGCAGCUUGUUUCAGCCAAAUGAGAAAUAUGAUGUUCUAAUAUCAACAAUCUGUUGGUUCCUGAUGGUCGCGCUGCUUCUGGGCCUAGCAUACGUAGUAGGCCCAGUUCCAGUUCUCAAACUCUAUGGAGUUCCCUAUCUUGUGUUCGUGAUGUGGUUGGACUUUGUAACCUACUUACACCACCAUGGUCACCAUGACCUCCCUUGGUAUCGCGGCAAGGAAUGGAGCUACCUCCGCGGAGCGCUAACAACUGUAGAUAGAGACUACGGUUGGAUAAACAAUAUCCACCAUGACAUUGGAACUCAUGUGAUACAUCAUCUCUUUCCACAGAUACCACACUACCACUUAGUAGAAGCAACUAGGGCAGCUAAGCCAGUACUAGGGAAAUACUACCGCGAACCAGAGAAAUCGGGGCCUCUUCCGUUGCACCUCUUCGGGGUACUAAUGAGGAGCUUGCGAGUCGAUCACUUUGUUAGUGAUGUGGGAGAUGUUGUCUACUAUCAAACAGAUCCUCAGUUGACUGGAGAAUGGGAGGAGAAGCUAAAGUGAAGCACCGAUUAUUGAUGCAGCACCAUAAAUAUCGAUAAGAAAUAUCGAGGUCGAGCACACGAAUCCCCUCGGUUUCUUGAUUAUUUGGCCACACUCUUUUUGCUUUUUGCUCAGGGAUGAUAUUGUGAACAUAUAAUUUCCUUAAUAUAAUGAAGUUAAACUUUCUUCAA